AUGUCGACGGCGCAUGCUCGAAAGUCUUCAAUACAGCAAACUCUCCACGAGCAGCUCACUUCACGCCAACCCAACAUUAUAUAUGAUUACUUAUCGCCAACCCCUUCUCAUCUUUUGAAUAUAUCUCUUGCAGAUUUCCUUCCACCUUCAUGCUACCCUGCCAAUUUCAAAUUCCCAGAUCUUACCCUUCCAUACUCUUCUACACUCGGACGAGAUGAGUGUAGCGAUACAGCACUUCUUCCCCAGUCGCACCAUCUAGUCUAUUUCUCUCCGCAAAUUCCAAGCAAUGCGCUACUUGAUGAUGGCACAGAUCCUUUGCAGUCCCCAGGGCCGCCAUUUGUGCGCCGCAUGUGGGCUGGUGGGUCUAUUGCUUUCAAUACUAAAAGUGCAGAGCAGCUUCGUUUUGACAAUGUGCGAGCCGCUUGUAUAGAACAGAUAGUGGAUGUUUUGGUCAAAGGGAAUGACGGUGAUGAGAAAGUAUUUGUAAACAUUGAGAGACGAAUUGGCGUUGCUGAAGCUGGAGACGGUCCGCAGACGAACCCGAAUGGAGGGAGCUGCGCAAUUGCUUCUGGGAAGUCUGCUAUGGUUGAUCAAAAAUUAUCAAAACGCUACCAUGUCGGCAACAACGAUGACAUUGGAGGAGCGUCCUUGGUGGAGACGCGAAAUAUCGUCUUCAUGCGAGAGAAAAAUAUAGCUACUGCCAAAGAGGAUUGCGCCAGACCUCCAAAGAUAUUGAAGCCAACGGGCGAACCAGAUUUCGAAGUGCGAAUAACACCUACACAGUCGCUGUUAUUUAGGUUUUCGGCCCUUACAUUCAACGCCCACGCGAUUCACCUGGAUCCUCUAUACUGCCGGGAGGUUGAGGGACAUAGAAAUCUACUCCUUCAUGGGCCGCUUUCAUUGGUCCUUAUGUUAUCCGUCUUACGAUCACAACUUCAACCUGGAGAAAUGAUAAAAAGGUUCGAUUACAGGAACUUGGCUCCACUUUACGCAAAUGAGGAAUUAAGAGUUUGUGUGGGGAAGAGUACCAACAAAAAUAACAAAUACGAAGUGUGGAUUGAAGGAAAAGAAGGCGGAUAUGCCGUCAAGGGCUCUGCGGUUAUUGGACCCCUUGACGGUACAGCAUUAGCUUGCGUACAACACGAUCAGUUAGAUGACGCUGCAGGAAUCCCAAGUAUUAAGAUCCUGACACGAUUCACAAUGUCAUGA